AUGUCAUUUUGGUGGUUGAAUCCUCUAAUAAAGGUGGGCUACAAGAAACCCCUUGAAGACAAAGACAUGCCACUUCUAGGUGGCACAGAUCGAGCACGCAACCAGUACUUGAUGUUCAUGGAGGAGCUGAAUGGCAAGAAGCCAUCGCCAUCACAUGCCACACCAUCAUUCUUAUGGACUAUUGUUUCUUGUCACAAGCGUGCGAUCUUAGUCUCGGGUUUCUUUGCUUUGCUCAAGGUUCUUGCCGUAUCAACAGGCCCAAUAAUUCUCAAGGCAUUCAUCAAUGUGUCACGUGGGAAAGGGAGCUUUAAAUACGAAGGCUGUGUGCUUGCUGGGUUAAUGUUCAUCUGCAAAUGUUGUGAAUCAUUGUCACAGAGACAAUGGUAUUUCCGCACUCGGAGAUUAGGAUUGCAGGUGAGGUCAUUCCUGUCAGCAGCUAUUUACAAGAAACAACAGAAGCUAUCAAAUGCAGCAAAAAUGAAGCACUCUUCUGGAAAUAUUAUGAACUAUGUGACUGUCGAUGCGUAUCAGAUUGGGGAAUUCCCUUACUGGUUCCAUCAAACAUGGUCAACAAGUGUUCAGCUUUGCAUUGCCAUGGCAAUUCUAUACAAUGUGGUUGGUGCUGCAAUGAUUUCAUCCUUGGUUAUCAUCAUUAUGAUCAUACUGUGUAACAUUCCAUUCUCCAGACUGCAACACAAAUUUAAGAGUAAACUUAUGGAAGCACAAGAUGUGAGAUUGAAGGCCAUGUGCGAGUCAUUUGUACAUAUGAAGGUCUUGAAACUUUAUGCAUGGGAAGCUCACUUCAAGAAGGUCAUUGAGGGUUUGAGAGAGGUUGAGUACAAGUGGUUGUCAGCAUUCCAGCUUAGGAGGACAUACAACGCUUUCCUGUUCUGGUCUUCACCGACUUGGGUUUCGGCAGCGACCUUUCUGACAUGCUAUCUUUUGAAAAUCCCUCUUGAUGCUAGCAAUGUCUUCACCUUUGUGGCAACUCUAAGUCUUGUGCAAGAGCCAGUAAGGUUAAUACCAGAAGUUAUUGGCGUUGUGAUACAAGCUAAGGUUGCGUUCACUCGGAUAUCAAACUUCCUUGAUGCACCUGAGCUAAAUGGGCAGGUUAGGAAAAAAUCCUAUGUUGGCAUUGAUUACCCUGUACCUAUAGCGAUGAAUUCGUGUAGCUUCUCGUGGGAUGAGAAUACAUCAAACACAACUCUAAAGAAUAUAAAUCUGGCAGUCAAAGGUGGAGAAAAGAUUGCGAUUUGUGGAGAGGUAGGAUCAGGAAAAUCGACGCUUUUGGCUGCUGUACUUGGAGAGGUCCCCAAAACUGAAGGCAUGAUCCAAGUCUACGGGAAAAUAGCAUAUGUUUCUCAGAAUGCAUGGAUCCAAUCUGGGACUGUGCAAGACAAUAUUCUCUUUGGAUCGUCGAUGGACGGGGAAAGAUACCACAACACACUCGUGAGGUGCUCGUUGGUCAAGGACCUUGAAAUGUUGCCAUAUGGAGAUUGUACUCAGAUUGGAGAGAGAGGAGUACAUCUUAGUGGUGGUCAGAAGCAGCGGGUCCAGCUUGCUCGUGCACUAUACCAAAAUGCAGAUAUCUAUCUUCUUGAUGACCCUUUCAGUGCUGUUGAUGCACAUACAGCCACAAGUCUCUUCAAUGAAUAUGUCAUGAGUGCUCUAUCAGACAAGACUGUCCUUUUGGUGACGCACCAAGUGGAUUUUUUACCCGUAUUUGACUCCAUUUUGUUAAUGUUAGAUGGAGAGAUUAUUCGGUCUGCGCCUUAUCAAGAUCUAUUGACAGAUUGUGAAAAAUUUAUAAGCCUUGAAGUAUCAGAAAAGUUGAAAGAUGAUAUUCAUGGAAGCAGAAAUACAGAGUCUGUGAAGCCAUCACAGGAAAACCAACUGAUCAAGAAAGAGGAAAGAGAAACAGGGGACGCAGGUGUUAAGCCUUAUAUGAUUUACCUGCGCCAGCGCAAAGGCUUCCUGUAUUUCUCUUUGUGUAUGUUUUUUCACAUAAUUUUCAUAGCUGGGCAAAUAACACAGAACUCAUGGAUGGCUGCUAAUGUCCAAAAUCCUCAUGUCUCUUCAGAUUUGAGCCUCGUUGACCUUGAUGUUCCGUUUUCGUUUGUGUUUAGCCUUGGUGCCAUCUUUAAUGCAUAUAGCAAUUUAGGUGUAUUGGUUGUUAUUGCAUGGCAAGUUCUGUUCAUAGCCGUGCCAAUGAUAGUUUUGGCAAUUUGGUUGCAGAGGUACUAUCUAGCCUCGGCCAAGGAAUUGAUGCGGAUCAAUGGUACUACCAAGUCUGCUCUGGCAAAUCAUUUAGGUGAAUCGAUUUCGGGGGCUAUAACAAUAAGGGCCUUCGAGGAAGAAGAUCGUUUCUUUGCUAAAAAUUUGGAUCUUGUCGACAAGAAUGCCAGACCAUAUUUCUAUAAUUUUGCAGCAACUGAAUGGUUGAUUCAGCGUCUGGAGAUAAUGAGUGCCGCAGUUCUUUCUUUCUCUGCCUUUGUCAUGGCCCUUCUUCCUCAAGGAUCUUUUAGCCCUGGUUUUGUGGGAAUGGCAUUGUCCUAUGGUCUUUCCCUAAAUAUUUCGUUCGUUUUCUCUAUUCAAUUCCAAUGCAACCUUGCGAAUCAAAUAAUCUCGGUCGAACGGGUGAACCAGUACAUGGACAUACAAAGCGAAGCAGCAGAAGUUGUUGAAGAAAAUCGACCAUUACCGGAUUGGCCGCAAAAUGGCAAUGUGGAGAUUAGGGAUUUGAAGAUCAGGUAUAGGAUAGAUGCUCCCCUUGUACUACAUGGAAUCACUUGCAAGUUUGAAGGUGGAGAUAAGAUUGGUAUAGUUGGUCGAACAGGAAGUGGCAAGACUACAUUAAUUGGUGCAUUGUUUCGUCUUGUUGAACCUGCUGAAGGGAAAAUAAUUAUAGACUCUGUGGACAUCAGUACGAUAGGCUUGCAUGACCUGCGUUCGCGUUUGGGUAUCAUUCCACAAGAUCCAACACUUUUUCAGGGUACAAUAAGAUACAAUCUAGACCCUCUUGGGCAGUUCUCAGAUGAACAAAUAUGGGAGGUUCUUGACAAAUGUCAACUUAUUGAAGCUGUCCGGGAGAAGGAACAGGGAUUGGAUUCGCAUGUUGUGGAAGACGGGUCGAACUGGAGUAUGGGUCAAAGGCAGCUCUUCUGUCUGGGACGCGCACUUUUGAGAAGGUGCUGCAUCUUAGUUCUUGAUGAAGCAACAGCCUCUAUAGACAAUGCCACAGAUGCUGUCCUUCAGAAAACAAUCCGGACAGAAUUCAAACAUUGCACCGUUAUUACAGUUGCACACCGUAUACCAACAGUUAUGGACUGCGAUAUGGUACUUGCAAUGAGCGAUGGGAAAGUAGUGGAGUUUGAGAAACCUACAAAGCUCAUGGAAACUGAAGGAUCUCUUUUCCGGGAAUUGGUCAAGGAGUAUUGGUCAUACACAUCGAACACAAAUAUUUAG